AUGCUCUACGACUACCACUCUUACCAGAAUGCCGAGAAGCCAGAGUCCAUCUACGCCACUUAUCUGCUCUCCGGCAUCAAGAAGAAGACUCAGGAAGAUGGAGAUAUCGAGAUGAGCAGUUCGAUGCCCGAAAACGACGAGGAUGUCCCCAUAACCACACUGACUCUCGUCGGUCAAGACAAGCUCAAAGCAUAUGGCUUACAUGCCGGGAUUGAAGACAUAAUGGCCGAGUACCAAGAGGUCUCGUCCAUCCACAUAUACAGCUUGGCGCCGCACCCCCAACGCGACCUGGCCGUCAUUUCAGACCUGUCACGCUCCCUGGCAGAGUACACAGCCAAGGACAGGGACACCAAGAAGUACGGCGCCGUCGAGAACCCGUAUGUCCGCCGGAGAGAGCGCCAGGCUCGUCCCGCGAUGGCAGCAGCAGCAGCGCCGGCAAAGCCCCGGCCCGUCAAGACCGAGCCCGCACCAGCAGUCAAGUCAGAGACCAAUCCUGAGCUCCCCACGGCGGCGGCGGCGGCCCCGCAGAAGACUAACCCAUUCACUGCCGCCACCGCCAACUCCAGCAAGGUCAAGAAGGAGCUCGGCGCGGGAGGAGACUCCUCCAAGGAGAGCACACCAGCCCCCAAGGGCCCCGCCUCAAAGAGGGGAGGCAUCAUGCAAUCCUUUGCCAAGGCAGCAUCCAAGCCGCCCAAACCCAAGGCCGAGGUGAAAAAAGAGGAAGACACGGCCAUGGCACUCUCAGAUGACGGUGAAGCUGAUGAUGACGACAUUAUCUCCACAAAGGAGAAGACAAAGACGGACGACAGAAACGACAACAGCACGGGGAGGAAGAGCAGAAAGCAGCGUGAAGAGGAAUUGCGACGUAUGAUGGAAGAGGAAGAGGCAGAGGAGGAGGAAGAAGAGAUGGAGGAGGUUGACCCGGCAGAUCAGGAGAUGGACGAGGCACCUGAACCAGAACCUGAGCCGGAGCCUGAGACAAAGGACGAGUCGGUCGAUGAGCCGCAGGAGGUGGUCAAGACGGAGAACGGUCGGCGCAGAGGGAAGCGUCGCAUCAUGAAGAAGAAGCGUAUCCUGGACGAACAAGGAUACAUGGUCACAAUUCAGGAACCUGGAUGGGAAUCCUUCUCCGAGGACGAGGCACCUCCACCAGCUAAGAAGGCUGCUUCAACACCGACGACGUCAUCUUCUACUUCUGCGGCUUCGAAAACAAAGAAGGCGCCUGCCAAGGGCGGCCAAGGGAACAUCAUGUCCUUCUUCUCUAAAAAGUAG